AAUAAUUACGUUGAUAUCUGGAAAGCAAUUGCUUCACUAUGCAGGGUACACGUUCAGUCGACCACAGAAUUUACGCAAACAUAACCUAACAUCCUGGGUAUGCACAGACCGCGGAGCAAAGAGGUGUAAAAAGCAUAUCCAUAUGAGUAAUGACUUGAGGGUAGUUGGUAAUUACAACGAACAUAACCACCCCCCACCUCGGUACAUCCAAACAAAAGGGGGAAAAUACAUAAAAUUAUAAUAAAUUUCACUUAUUCUAAAUAGAACGUAGAUAAUCUGGUGUCUUGUAAUUAUAUAUAUGAAAGGACUUUUGAACUUUUUAAAGAAAUACAUAAAACACAAUAUAUUCAUUUUUAAAAUUAAACUUCUUAUUCGACUUCCAACAAGGUGGCUUUAAACGUUUAACGCUACCAUGGAGGGGGUACGAAAGCACGGUUGUGUUAACCUUCCAACGCUCCUGGAAGGGGGGGGAAUAAAAAAGACACAGCAAGAGAUAACUAUUACAGACUAGCGCGUGCGCUAUCAACGAGUAGCGUCCAAUAUCCCAACGCAAGAGGAAGAGAUAAAGAAAGAAAAAUACACAAAUGUAGAAAGUAAGAGAGAAAGAGAGUGAAUCGGUAGAUUUCAAGUCCAUAUGCAUGGUGUUCUUGGUAUGUAACGAAGUAAACAGGUUUACCGUCGUGAAAUUAGCUGAAAUACGUACUUGUUGUUCUAUAUUCAUUAUUUUUAAGAUUGAUUUCAUACAUAUACAACAUAGUCUGAAAGUAUUUUAUUUCCGAAUUUAGUGGAUAAGAAUUGUCAUAAAUGGGUGUAACCAAUCCCACGGACAAUGUGGCGGAUUUAAAGUUAUGUCAAGGGCGUGUCGAUGAGGCAACCACAAGCACUUCCACUGGUUUAAGAGGUCCACGACGGAAAACGGCACAAUAUUACCGUGAUUACAGAGCACGGAAGCGAGCGGAGCAGGAAAAAGAGUCGUUGUAUAGAACAAGUGAUCCUUCUACGACUGCUGCUUUUAGGAAGAAAAGAAAAUCAGCCGCGGAAUACCAGAGAGAGUACCGAGCACGACAAAAAGCCAAACGUAACAAUAUGCUCAUUGAUUCGUCAGCUGUAAUUCCAUCACCUUCGACGGGGGGAUUGACUAGCACUCAUCAAUCAACUACAGUAGACCAACUAACAACUACUGGACUAGUACUGGGGUUAUAGUAGGCCAACUAACAAACAACCCACUAACCAAAGGGGAAAAAUAUAUGUUUUAUAUAAAAUCCCAUGUCGGUGACCACACCACAGUGAGCGCAUUCUGCAGGCAUCCAGAGCGGUACGCCAGAAAAUUAAGAAAUCGUUGGCAGUAGAUGAUAAAUAACGAGGCCAACUGACAGACGUUCUCAUCUCGUCUGCCCGUGAGCACGGUUGCUACAAAGUAACCGAACCGUUGGGAGUAUAGAGAUAAAAUAAUUAAAACGCGUUGUGAAUC